AAAUCAAAAGGUAACGAAGAGUUUGCUGCUAAAAACUAUGAAAGGGCUGCUCAAUUGUACGGUGAUGCAGCUACAUUAGAUCCUUCCAACCCAGUCUUGUAUUCAAACAAAGCUAUGGCAUUGAUCAAACUAUCAAGGUGGACUGAUUGUAUUGAAGUUUGUGAUAAAGGUCUA